AUGGUCACAGUAAACGUUUCUGCUGUCGGUCGCGUGUCUUUGGCUAGGGGUCUUCCGGUUACUAUUACACUGGAUAAGAACCUCGAGGAUGUUACAGUAGCGGAUGUCAAAGCGGCAGUAGCUACAAAAUUCCCCAGAUUCUAUGCAUCGCGUCAAAAGCUCACACUCAAAGGAGAGCGGAAGGCGCUUGCGGACGAAAUUACCCUCAAAGACACGGGUCUAAGCGAUGGAGGAGAGCUCACGGUCAAAGAUUUGGGAGCUCAACUCGGUUGGCGUACAGUCUACGUGAUUGAAUACGCAGGUCCCCUAAUCAUCCAUCCGCUAAUUUAUAAUUACCCGCGGUUCUGGUACGGUGCCCUCGUUCCGAAAAGUAUGCUACAAAAGAUGGUAUUUGGUCUUGUGCUUGCGCACUUCAUCAAGCGCGAGCUGGAGACAAUUUACGUGCAUCGCUUCUCUCACGGCACGAUGCCGUUCUCCUUUGUAUUCAGAAAUUCUGCACAUUACUGGGUGCUGAGUGGCUUCCUCCUCGCGGCCGCGGUAUACAGUCCUACAUACGAUAACUAUGCGCAAUAUGUUCGCGGCUCGCUCAGGGAUAACCCUAGGUUCCUGUGGAGCUGCGCAGCGCUUUGGCUUUUUGCUGAACUUUCCAAUCUUUACGCCCACCUUACGUUACGCUCCCUUCGUCCUGAAGGAACUAAGACACGCUCAAUUCCGUAUGGCUAUGGGUUUGCUCUGGUCUCAUGUCCUCACUACUUCUUCGAAAUUAUUUCUUGGGUGGCCAUAGCCGCCAUGACCGGAAGCUAUGCUGCGUGGUUCUUCGUCGCGGUCUCGACGUAUAUCCUGGCCAUGUGGGCAUUGAAGCGACACAAGGCAUACAGAAAAGAGUUCAAAGAGUACCCAAGGGAAAGGAAGGCUAUCUUCCCCUUUAUCCUGUAA